AUGCCUCUAACCUCAUCAUUCACUUCAUCCGUUCAUUCAUUCUAUCCCAUACUUCCAUUCUUGUAUGAAAAUUAUGAAAUAUUUCAAAAUUCAACAAAUAAUAACACAAAUGGAACAUCAUCGUGGUUGUAUUCAGAAUGGUUUGGAUGGAUUGGUGUUGCUGUUUGCAUUCUCACAUGGGGAACAUUCACAGCUCCUCUCAAAAUCAAAUACGUCCGAGACGUCAACUUUGAUCCCAUGAUUUAUCAAUUUUACUUUUCUGCCGUCGUUUUUCUUCUCAGUUUUCUCGUUCUUGCUUGGAAUGAAUGGUAUUUCUCAUGGUAUGGUGUAGCAGGUGCUGCCAUUUGGAUUCCUUCUUCGAUCUUCUCAAUUAUAGCUGUGGAUAAAUUAGGAUUAAGUGUGGCUCAAGGAUUAUGGAGUGGAGUGGUCAUUCUCACUAAUUUUAUAUGGGGAGUGACAUUAUUUCAGAGUAAGAUUGGAAAUAUUUAUUUGACUGUUUUGGGAUUAGUGUUGAUGGUGUUGGGAAUUGUUGGAGUGGCCACUUGUAGUAAGUGGAAUGUCGAAACAAGUUCGAAAAAGGAAAAUUUCACACAAGUGGAUGAUGAUGAUUUAGAGAAAAAAGAUUUAUUAGAGGAUGAAAGUUUAGCGAGUUUGAAUCCUACUCGUGACAACACGCCUUCCCAACAAGAAACCAUGCCCUUAUUUGGAAAACAUCAAACCAGCUAUGAUCCUGCUAUGAAGAAUGAUCAUCAUGCACAAAAGGAGUAUGGAGGAGUGAUGAAUCAUCUCGAUCAUCUCAUAGCUCAAGAAGAGGCCUCUCUGAAAGGACAUGUUACACUUCAUUCAUUUGGCACUCAAGUGUCAAAUGCAAACAGCACUGACACUAAGUGUAAGGUGUAA